AUGUCUGGGCCUUUUAAUCGCCGCCCCCUUCCAGAUUACUUCAUCACUUCUCCACUCGUCGCCCUUCUUUAUCCACUUCAUCAGAUUUUAUUGCGCCUUCGGGGAUCUCCCCGACUUGCACCUCCAAACUCCGCCAUCCGUGUUGUCUGCAUCUCCGACACCCACACUCAAAGAUGGCCCGAUGUACCAGAUGGAGACCUUCUCAUACAUGCUGGGGAUCUUGCCAAUGACGGCUCCGUUCGAGAAAUCCAAGCUACCGUCGAUUGGUUACAAUCUCUGCCGCAUCAACACAAGGUCGUGAUCUGCGGAAACCACGAUAGCUACUUCGAUCCACGCUCACGCUGCGAAGAAGAUCGCGAUGGGCCUGCAAUUGCAUCGAAUCUAUCAGCAUCUACCUGUUCAUUACACUCUCUAGACGAUGUCAGCGCUACGUCGCGCAUCAAUUGGGGCGACAUUCACUACUUGCAACAUUCCUCUGUGAAGCUUGAGUUUCCUGCGACAUUAGACCCGUCCUCUACAACCCCUCUGGUCUCUCGUUCGCGCUCCCUCACAAUCUACGGUGCGCCACAAAUCCCAGCCAUCGUACCCUUUGGCCCGGAACACGCUUUCGCAUACCCGCCAGAACAGGAUGCUUGGUCUUGUACAAUACCCCUAGAUACAGACAUCCUCAUAACACACACUCCACCACAAGCUCACCUCGACCUAUCCCCUAUCUAUUCGACAGGUUGUCCCAAUCUCCUCGCGGAAACAUGGCGUGUCCGCCCGCUCCUGCACGUGUUUGGACAUGUCCACGAAUCAGCGGGCCGAGAACCCGUGUUCUGGGAUGAUGCCCAACGAGCUUGGGAACGUCUCUGUGCCUCACGUCGCCCCCGCGCAAAAUACAAUCGCAUUGUUGCCCUAGCUGGGCUGAUACGCGAUCUAUUAGAUCCAGCAGGUUGGGCUGAUGCCGCCCGAGUGCUGGUGUAUGGUGUGCUCGGUGUCAUCUGGUCGCAGGUUUGGGGAGGCGAGGGUGGCGGUAGUUGGAUGGUCAAUGCGGCUGCCAUGUAUCGGGACAGCGGGCGCCUGGGAAAUGCGCCUCAAGUCAUUGUUCUAUGA